CUGCUCACCUCUGUCCUGCCUGUCUGGGCUCUCUCUGCCUCUGUGAAUGUGGGAAUUAUUAAUGGAACGGAGGCUGAACCUCACUCCAGACCCUACAUGGUCUCAGUGCAGAAAGACAACGAACAUUAUUGUGGUGGCUUUCUGGUGUCUCAUUUCUUUGUGAUGACAGCAGCACACUGUUGGGAAAAGGGAAUGGAGUUGACAGUGGUGUUGGGAGCUCAUGACCUGUCAAUCAAAGAGACUUUCAGUUACCGUUUGAGUGUUAAACUCUAUCAUGUCUACCCUGGUUUCAACAAAACCACUUUAAAGAAUGACAUCAUGCUUUUGCAGCUUCCUCAGAAAGCGCAGAAGAGCAAGACAGUGGACACAAUUCCAUUUGCGCGAAAAGACAAAAAAGUGAAAGCUGGUGCCAAGUGUGAUGUGGCUGGUUGGGGUUCGAAGAAGAGGAAUGGACCCAGAGCUCCAAAACUGCAUGAGGCCGAUGUCAAAGUAGCCAGCAAGAAAAAAUGCCAGGCUUAUCGUUCUUAUGACCCCUCUGUCAUGUUGUGUAUCGGUGGGAAAGCAGGUUUUUGUAAGGGAGACUCAGGGGGACCUUUGGUGUGUGAGAAAGAAGCAGUGGGGCUGGUUUCAUUCAAUGAGAAAGGAAACUGUGACAAACCUACAAUCCCCAAUGUUUACACCAAGAUUUCUGCCUUUGUGCCUUGGGUUGAAGCUGUUAUUAAAAGUGUGAAGUGA